AUGGGCGACACACGCAUCGCGGAUGCGCCGCAGCCGGCGCCGCUCUCCUGGCAGAGCCUCGCGGAGAGCGGGCGGCUCGCCCGCGCGCUUGACAGGGAGAACGCAGCCGCCCCGCACCUCCGAAAGCUCCGCCUCACCCUCGAGCCCAAAGCGGAGCCGCACACGCUGCGGCUCAAAAUGCCGUGCGACUGCGGGAGCUGCAUCGUCAAGGCACAGAUGAAGGCGGGCGCCUCCUGCCUGGCGGAUGGCUUGCGGCUGCACCUCUCGAGCAGCAACGCCACCGGCUACACGGGGGUGCGUAAGCACCUCAGUGGCCGCUUCGAGGCAGAGCACUAUGUGCGCAGAAAGACAGUCCACGUCGGCCUCUUCGACACGGCGUUGGAGGCGGCGGUGGCGUACGCGCGGGCGGUCGGGGAGGCGCCGGAAGCGGGCUCGGCGGUGGCAGCAGCAGCAGGGCAGGCGUCGGCGGCACCGCUACCGCUGGGUAAGGCGGCAGAGGGCGCAGCCGCUGCCGAGCCGUCGGUGGAGGAGGCGGCGGGCGCGGCGCCGGCGGCAGGGGCAGAAGAGACGGCGCUGCUGGAGGAGGGAGCGGCGGCGGCGGCGGCGGCGGCAGCGGAGGCGCCCGUGGCGGAGGAGGCGGAGGGCUUGCGUCUGCAUUUGUCCAGCAGCAGCAGCACGGGCUACCAGGGCGUGUACAAGGACUCGCGAAACGGCCGCUUCGAGGCGCAGCACAGUGUGGGCGGAAGGAAGGUCAAACUAGGCCGCUUCGACACGGCGGUGGAGGCGGCGGUGGCCUAUGCACGGGCGGUCGGCGAGUACCAGCCUCCGGCUCAUUCUCCUCCGACGGUGGCGACGGAGGCGGAGGGGUUGCGGCUGCACCUCUCCAGCAGUGGCGUUACCGGAUACAAGGGUGUGGUCAAGCACGACUCCGGCCGCUUCCAUGCGCGGCACAUGGCUGACGGUAAACGUGCUUACUUCGGCAUCUUCGACACGGCGGUGGAGGCGGCGGUGGCGUACGCUCGAGCGGUCGGCGAGUACCAGCCUCCGGCUCAUUCUCCUCCGACGGUGGCGACAGAGGCGGAGGGGCUGCGGCUGCACCUCUCCAGCAGCCACGCCACCGGCUACAAGGGCGUGCACAAGCACCACUCUGGCCGCUUCCAGGCGAAGCACAAGGUGGGCGGAAGGCAGGUCUCGCUCGGCCUCUUCGACACCGCGGUGGAGGCGGCGGUGGCGUACGCGCGCGCGGUCGGGGAGGCGCCGGAAGCGGGCUCGGCGGUGGCAGCAGCAGGGCAGGCGUCGGCGGCACCGCUGGGUGAGGCGGCAGAAGGCGCAGCCGCUGCCGAGUCGGUGGAGGAGGAGGCGGUGGUCGCGGCGCCGGUCGCGGCGCCGGCGGCAGGGGCAGACGAGCCGGCGCCGCUGGAGGAGGGAGCGGCGGCGGCGGCAGCGGAGGCGCCCGUGGCGGAGGAGGCGGAGGGCUUGCAUCUUCAUUUGUCUAGCAGCAGCACGGGAUACAAGGGCGUGUACAAGGACUACGCCCGCUUCCAGGCGCGGCACAGGGUGGAUGGAGAGGAGGUAUCCCUCGGCUCCUUCGCCACGGCGGUGGAGGCUGCGGUGGCGUACGCGCGAGCGGUCGGCGAGUACCAGCCUCCGCCUCCUCCGACGGUGGCGACAGAGGCGGAGGGCUUGCGUCUGCACCUCUCCAGCAGCGGCAGCAGCGGCUACCUGGGGGUGGUCAAGCACCCCUCCGGCAGCUUCCGGGCGCAGCGCAGGGUGGGCGGAAGAAAGGUUUACGUUGGCCUCUUCGACACCGCGGUGGAGGCGGCGGUGGCCUAUGCGCGCGCGGUCGGCGAGGCGCCGGAAGCGGGCUCGGCGGUCGCAGCAGCAGCAGGGCAGGCGUCGGCGGCACCGCUACCGCUGGGUGAGGCGGCAGAAGGCGCAGCCGCUGCCGAGCCGUCGGUGGAGGAGGUGGCGGGCGCGGCGGCGGCGGCAGAGGCAGAAGAGCCGGCGCCGCUGGAGGAGGGAGCGGCGGCGGCGGCGGCGGCGGAGGCGUUUGUGGCGGAGGUAGCGGAAGGGCUUCGGCUGCACCUCUCGAGCAGCAGCAGCACCGGCUGCAAGCGCGUGUACAAAGACUCGUCAAGCGGCCGCUUCUACGCGCAGCACAGGGUGCACAACAGGCAGGUCUCGCUCGGCCACUUCGACACCGCGGUGGAGGCGGCGGUGGCGUACGCGCGAGCAGUCGGCGAGUACCAGCCUCCGGCUCCUCCGACUGUGGCGACGGAGGCGGAGGGGCUGCGGCUGCACCUCUCCGGCAGCAACCCGAGCGGCUACAAGGGGGUGACUAGGCACAACUCCGGCCGCUUCCAGGCGCAGCACAAUGUGGACGGAGGGACGGCCUUCCUCGGCAUCUUUGACACGGCGGUGGAGGCGGCGGUGGCGUUCGCGCGCGCGGUCGGCGAGGCGCUGGAGCGAGGCGCCUCCUCUUCCGCCGCCGCUGUCAGCGGCAGCGGCGCCCGGCCCCGCUCAGCAAAGCGCCCGCUCGAGCCGACCGACGCGCCGCUGCCGAAGCGACGCUCCAGCCGCGCCGCCGCCGCUGCACCCUCGGCAGCCUCUUCCUCCUCCACCCCUCCCGCCGCUUCCUCCUCUUCCUCCUCUGCCACCACCGCACCCACCGCCCCCACCGCACCCACCGCACCCACCGCACUGGCCGCGCCCGCCACCGCCGCCCGCACCGCCGCCUACACCUCCACUGCCACCGCCUCCGCCUCCACCUCCACCGCCGCCCCUGCCGGCCCCUCCCCGCUCUCGAGCCGCCUGUUCACGACCACGCCGGAUGGGCGCACCGUGCUGAGGGAGACGCCCCCUCCGCCCACGGGCGGCAUGGCGGCCGUCGCCGCGGCGCUGGCGCAGAUCAACCUGCAGGCCUACGCCGCCGCCUUUGACGCCGAGGGCUACGACGACAUCUCGUUCUUGCGCGGACUGGAUGCCGCCGAGCGGGCGGACGUGGCCAAGGAGACGGGGAUGAAGCCCGGGCACGCGGGCAGGUUUGUCAAGUUCGGCUUCGCGCCGCCCUGA